AUGGAUUCCCCGGUUGUUGUUGCCAUUUCCGGUGUGGUUGUGGGUUGGCUGGCACGUGAUUGGACCAUCCCUUCUCCCAGCAAACCGGAUUGCAAUUGUCACUGCAGCUUCAGCCCUGCAGUGCCUUCGGUGGAGGGGCAUUCGAUUGGACCCUGGGCCUUGCUUGCAAUCUGCGUGAUUGGGGCAAUCCUGGUGUUUUCAAAUACUGCACUGGCUUUGAAGGUUAGCUUGAAAGACAAUUUCUCAGGGCAGAAUCGGGAAAUCCAUUUUGACGUGAAGGGAAAGAGCAAGGGAUCCCUGGGCAUCUACGGUGGUAGCAAAGGGAAUGAGUACAUAGUGGUCACGCCAGACCACGACAUGUAUAGUGAAAUCCUGAAUGUGGCCGAGAACCCCGACAUCACAAAUUUUUGGGCUGGUCCUGGCAACGGCGCCAUUCCUGCAGGUGUGCCGAAUCGUUCGGUAUAUGGCUUUGCUCCGAUGACAGCAGCUGAAGUGGCACGAUUCAUGCAUCUUGGCCGUCAGGAGGCAGAUCGUCUCCGAGGUGCCUUGGGCGUUGCAGCUGCUGCUGCUCCUGCCGGGGUUGCGGCGGGGGGUGAAGUUGUUGUUGCAGCUGGGGCGGGUGGAGAUGCGGGACAAGAUGGUGACGGUCGGGUAUGGGUACUGGCUGAAAUGGUGAUGGGUAAGAAGAUAGGUGACCGAGUGGUGCCACCAGUGGGACACCCAUGUGAUGGAGAUGUUGGGCUGAUGCGCAUGGUUGACUCCGAGGGGAUUGACAAACCUCGACUCAUUCAUCGUGUGGCAGAGUCGGAGCUGAGUGACUUCUGUGAUGUGCGAAUUGGCAUGGCGCGGCUUUCGGAAAGCUGUGAAGGCACAGAUCGUGCAGCAGGAGAAGAUGCUAGGACUCUUGAGGUGAAGUAUGGGUUCAAUGGUGAGCGCCAUCGCUCCUUUAGGGAGUCUGUGAAAGAGCUGCAACAAACAGAAUUUGAAGACUUUCCUUUGGAACCAAGGACAGCAUUGGAUUACAUGCGAGCAAUCUCCCAAAUAGCUGAGAGCGCAACGGCUCAACAUCACAUGUGGUUGAACUCGUCUGGAGUGCCUCCAGGCGACAGAAGUGUUCAUGAGGAUCAACUUCUUGCUCGUGUUUUGGAUGCUGCGUUGUGCUACGACUCACUCAACGUAUGUAACCUUGCAUGCGUUGAACUUAUCUGCAGGAGGCGACAACUCAUUGCGGAUGCCCAUGCAAGCAGCCCUGGCCAACCUUCUUACCUUGGAGCAGAACAUUACUUAGGUGAUACCUACAAAGCUGGCGGUGGCAUUGUUGUUCCUGCUUUGACGGAUUAUGUCAGUCGGAAGAUGCAGGCGCAAUCUCAGAUUUUGAAGGAGAAGCGCAAACUUGCUGAGGUGACUGGUGGCAAAGGCGGCAAAGGCAAACCUAGCAGCCCCCCGAAAGCGCCCCCUCAGGGGAAGCCAAGUGGGGGUGACUUGCCUUUGAUUCAGUGUCUUGCCAUUCAGGACAUCAUUGCUGCUGUGAAACGUUUGGGAGCAGGGCCUCCUGCAGACAACUCAGGAGCCUCAAAAGCGCUCCGGGUGGCUGCUUCUGGUUAUCUUGGGCCAGAAGUUAGCGUGGGCGAUGUGGUUGGAAUGGACUUCAGCUGUUUGUCCCUGCCUAGUGUUGGUACAGCCGGCGUGGACCUCCUUUCUGCCUUGGAUGAGCCGACUCGUGGUGUGGUGAGUGAGUUUAAGAUGGAACUUGAGGAGGGUUCAAACGUAUUCAUGAGCGGAGCUGAUAUCCAAGACUGUUUCUAUGCUGUGCACAUCCCAUCCAUGAUGCAGGAUUAUUUUUGCCUUGGCUUCGAUGUGACGCGUGAAGAGGCAGCUUUGAUCUCGGGCAGCAAUAGUUGUGAUUUUGGUAAGGAUUGGGUUUCCCCAUGCAUCAAUGUACUCCCCAUGGGAUUCUCCUGGAGUUUUUAUUUGGUGCAGCAGAUUCACCAGCAGUCGGUAUUGCGUAGUCUUUCCAUUGAUGAAGAUGCUCUUUUCCUUGAGAACCGUCCUGCUCCUUCCAUCGCCAAACAUUCCGUUACUAGCAUGCCUUACUGUGAUAACAUCCAUUGCAUGAGCACUGACAAGGAUCUUUGUGAAGAGGCCAAACGAAAGGUCACACAGGAUUUGGGUGGUCUUGGUUUUUCGAUACAUGAGGAUGAACCUGCGUCUACUUCUUUCUUCACCUUGGGUGGGGAGGUUGAUGGUGAGGCCGGGCAAAUCCGUAUGGUUAUGGGAUUUGUGAACGGCAACUGGGUUGUGAAGCAGUUGGGCAGCUUGGCAGGUGGAAUGAGAGAUGGCGUUUUCGGCGUCUACCGCCGGAGGAGUGGGCUCCGCGAAGGGGGAAGAUCCGCCCGGGUCCUUUCCAGUACGCAGAUGGGUGUCAAAGUGAGCAAGGCUCACACGUGCCGAGUGCUGAAGAAGAACACAGCACCUUCAGCCAAAGUUCCCAAGGUGAAGAGUGGACAGCUGCAGAAUGCAACUCAACCUGUGAGCCAGGCCGCAAAGAAGCGAGUGGUGAAGGUAGAGCUGAAGAAGAAGCAGCCAAGAGAGGUGCGAGUAGUGAGUGCCUUGAAGUCGGAGGAGGUGAAGGAUGCUGGAAAGAGAGCCCAGUUGAACCGGUUGACAAUUCUGGAACAGAAGUCAAUCUCGACCGAGGUUCGACAUCAGUAUCAAUCAUUCCUUCUCAAGUUCGAGAGUUUCUGCCGGGACAGCGGGUUAAAAUGGCCGUUAGUGAAGGAUGUCGACGCCAUUCUUGCAGAUUUCUUGGACGUGAUGUUCCUAGACAACCGCUCGGCAGCCGAAGGAGAGAAGGUUGUCGCAGCAGUAGAAUUCAACAACUUGAAGCUCAAAGGUUGUUUGGUGAGAUCGAAGAGGGCACUACGUGGUUGGCGCAAGGAGCGCCCUCCCCAGAGCAGGUUGCCUCUCCCUCGUCUUGUGGCAGCAGGCAUGGCUAUGGUGCUGGCGAGCCAAGGGCUGAAAAGCAUGGCUUUGAAAGUCAUGCUGGAUCACGACACCUACCUACGUCCUGGCGAAAGCAUAGACAUUCGUUGCAAGGACGUCAUCCCACCAGUGGCAGGAGCAGGAAAGCAGUAUCGCUGGUACGGGAUUGUGGUGAGAGAUAUCGUGGAUCAGAAGCCCGACAAAGCAGGCAUCUACGACAACACCAUUGCCCUCAACAGUCCAGGCAGGGAGUACUUGGGAGAUCUCAUGUGGCAGCAGGUGAAGAUUGCAAAGAAGACAAGCGAGUUUGUGUUUCAGUUCACUGCGGCAGAGUUCAGAAAGAAGUUCCAGGCUGCAGGAGAACGUCUUCAGCUGAAGAAUCUCCACCCAUAUCAAUGCCGUCACGGAGGAGCAUCAGAAGACUUAAACAGUGGAGACCGCAAAGCUGCGAAUGGACUAUAUCGCACCUUGCUGGCGCAACCGUAUCCUUGGGCCUUGGCAGACUUAAUUGUGGUUGACGACAAGUGGAAGUGUUUCAAUCGAAUGCCGUCUUUUUCGUAUCAAGUUCUAGCAGCUCCACCUCCAGUGAGCGAUGCUGUUUUAAACGGGGGUUAUGGAUGGACAUUCAUAGGGGUGCCAGUGCCCAGUUCCGACUCGGACGAGCCGAGCGAAACGAUCGCAAGGCAACAUCAGGAGGGCAGAUGCAAUCCAUGUGUCUUCCGUAACUCUCUACCGGGCUGCGACAAAGGACGCACAUGUAGCUAUUGUCACUUGGCUUGGCGCUGUGGCGACGCCAACAAAACCCAGAAAUCUCAAUGGCAGCGUGUCUGA